GAGACUUUCUUUAAAGGGACUUUAAGUGAAUCUCCCCCUGUGUGUUUACGGAAGAAAUAAAUUAAUUUUGGGUUGAAGCGACAUUAAGGUGAUAUUUAUUUUGUCAGCACGUCAAUGCUGUUGAUAAUUUAUAAACAGAACGGGUCCCUUUAAAUCCUGAGUAAAGGGAAGCAGGUGGGCGUGGCGUGCCCUGCACAACACAACAGUGCUGCAGGCUGCUCAAGUGAAAUCACUGCUUUUAUCUGUAGGUUUUUAUUGACAGUGAGAUGCUCCAGCUGAACGACAGCGUGGAUCCCGAGAGCCCGGGUGCGGCUGUUUUACACCCGGCAGACUGUGAUGAUGCGGCGCUCCUGACUGGAGCUUCAGUGGCCUGCUGCACCCCGCUGCAGACUCUCACGCCUUUCCAUGUCCACAACCCAACCAUGCGAGCUAAAGUUAAAGAUUAUUUCGUCUUCAGGACAGGAACCAUAGAGCAGGCGGUUAAUGACAUCCGUACAGUUGCUUUGCCGUCAGAAGAUGGAGAAGUUCUUAGCGUGUGGCUCUUGGCAGAAGUUGAUCACUGGAACAAUGAAAAAGAGAAAUUGGUACUUAUAACUGAGAGGUCUUUGUUGGUGUGCAAAUAUGACUUCAUAAAUCUCCAGUGUCAGCAAGUGAUCCGAAUUUCCUUAAACGCUGUGGACACGAUCUCUGUUGGCGAGUUUGAGUUUCCCCCAAAAUCCCUCAACAAGAGAGAGGGAACUGGUAUUCGUGUGCAGUGGGAUAAGCGACCAAGAGCUUCAUUCAUGAAUCGUUGGAACCCGUGGUCCACUGACAUACCCUUCGCUACCUUUACUGAACACCCCAUGGCACACGCAGAUGAAAAAGUGACUUCUCUCUGCCAGCUCGAGAACUUCAAGACCCAGCUGGUGCAGGCAGUGAAGAGGGCCCAUAAAGAGUUUCCUAUCCCGGGACGAGCCAACGGCGUGCUGAUACUGGAGCGCCCACUCCUGAUCGAAACUUACCUGGGCAUCAUGUCUUUUAUCAACAACGAAGCCAAACUGGGCUACUCUAUGACGAGGGGAAAAAUCGGCUUUUAACUGCAGAAUUUCUUCUCCAGUGCUCUCAUACUCUGAUCGAGUAUUGAUGAGUAAUAUUGUGACAGUAUGUAAGCUGGUUUAACUGUUGGAGGUAUGGUUAAGAGGAUGAGCCUAAAUGGACCUGAUGCCAAUCUAAGAGCCCCGUUCCUCUAUCCAUGUCCCCCAUUUUAAUGUGGCUUAAUGGAUACGGUUUGUGUGUGUGGCCUUGGCUAUUACUUUAAAGUCUAGAUGCACUGAUCUUGUUACUGCAUGCUUUGUUGACGACACACUUUUCCAAAAUUGUGACUUUCCAUGACAAGGGCAUCAGAUGUUAUUCUGUGCUCCCACAUCAUACGUUAACAAUUUGGUGAUUCAAAGGUGUUUGGAUGGUCUAGGAAAGGACAUAUGUAGAUUUUCACGUUACUGAAUGUCGAACAGACAGAUUUUUACUAGAUAGUAGAGUUUGAGAGUUUGUCAGCUUAUAUAGCACAUCUCAUUCACAAAAAGCAAGCAUUUUAAAGCUUAUCACUACUGAAAAAAGUGCAUGUCUUCUGAAUUAAAAGUACUAAGGCUUAUGUAAAAUUUUAAAGUACUUAAGUUGUUACAUUAUGGUGUUCAUAUGCUGCACAAGUAUACACGUUUCUGAUAUUUUUGUGUUCCUGUAAUACUGAUCAGGUGAGAAACUAUAGGGAGGUUUCCAGGACAGGGUUUAGAUUAAAGCAACACUAUGUAGUUUCCAUGUAAAAAUGACUUACAGCUCCCCCAUGUGGUUGAAAAGCGCAACAGUGCCUGGUAUCAGACACUCUUCUGCAGGCAGGGGGAGGGGCGGGGCUUUGUGCUCUACCUUCCACCGCCACUUUCAGAGCGUGCUUGUAGCAGCUAGGAGGCUGCUCAGGUUGCAGCAACAGUACAAUUUGUCCAGUUAAAAGUUGUUCUAUCACUGAAAUAAUUUUAGAGACAUUAUUUAAAUGUAAAAAACUACAUAGUGUUGCUUUAAUCCAGGACUAGGCCUUAGUUAUUUUAGGACAUCUAAGUAGUUUUUACAAACCAAAAACUAGCCACAAGUUUUAAUGAUUUUGUAUUUUGCUUUCGAUAGCACAAGGCAGAAUGGACACGAAUGAAAGUCAACAGGAAGCACCUUUCUAUUAUGUUGUUAAUUUCACACGUUUGCUUUUACUGUCAGAUCUUUCCCUGUGCAAAUUUCAAACUGAACUUCCAGUCUAGUCUUGUAUAUCUGAUGUAUUGUAUUACUACAUGUGCAUUUCUGUGUGUUAAUUCUGGUAUGUGUGUUUUAUCAACCGCUAAAUUAAGCCAAUGUUUGUUUCUUUAACGUAAGUGACAAAUGUAUGUCGUGCUUCAUUAACAGAAAACAAAUGAUACUGGAUGCUAAAACUGUUAUUUAAGGCUAAAUUCGGUUGUAUUUUUUACGGCUUGUAUGUUUGUGAUGAUACUGUUAAUUCCUCAGGUCAAGUUUGUCUUGCUUGUUUGCUUAUGGAUGCAUGACAAAGUGGAAGACUCCAUAAAGACUUUCCUCUGUCGAUUGA